AUGGCCAGGAAUCUCACGCAGAGGACCAAUAUCAACACUAUCCUCUCGACUGCUCCACAGCUGUUGACAAGUCCCAUUGGGUACACCAUUGACAAUAUCAUCCCUUUCAACAUACCAGUCGCUCAGGCGGUGACCUUUUGCUUUGUUGUGGUGAUGGCCAAUGGCGCGAGACAGGCUGCUGGCUACGACCAGCGACUAAAGUUCACGUCCGUUAUCCUCCUGCGAUUCAUCUCGUCAUUCGUUGCCUACUUCAUCAUCUCACUAUUCUAUUCGCUCCUUAGCCGGGCCUUCCAAGUGCCAUUUCCACGGCACUAUGGUCACGCCGGCUUUGUCAUCUUCUGGUUUCUCACAUGGGUUGCCAUGAUGGCCACCGGCCUUGCGCUUGAGGCCAUGAUCACCCUCAUGACCAUCCGCUUCGUCCCGUUCUUCCUCAUCAUCUGGAUCAUCUCCAACGUCUCGACCUGUGUGUUUCCGCUCGAGGUUCUGCCGCACGUUUAUUGUUACGGAUAUGCCUGGCCCUUUUACAACGUGGAGAAGGCUGUCAGGGCUAUCAUCUUUGGGACCAAGAACAACAUUGGCCUCAACUUCGGGGUUUUGUUUGCAUGGAUUGCCGUUUCGUGCAUCACGAUCCCGUUGUUUACCUUUCUUAUGCGACGAGGAGCCACAUCUUAA